AUGUCGUUCAAGGGUUCCUUUGACCAAGGGUCGAGCCCUCCAUCUACGCCUGAUAAAUCCAAAGGACAGAGUUUCUGGAGUAACAUCUCUACGACACCCGCUGGGCCGCCGCCCUCAUCCACGAACUCGCUUACACCGCUAGGCCAUCCUUCCUCCAAGACGCACGAUAUCUCUCAGUUUGGCGAAUCGCGCAACGAACAUUCGAAUUCUCUCUUCACAAAGUCUGGAGGCUUCAACACCAAUGACAGCAUUUUCGGAUCCUCCUUUGGUUCGACCGACUUUGCACCGCCCCAGAAAACAAAGCCAAGCUCAAUCAAAUCACAGAAUAGCUUUGGUACUAAAAACAGAGCAUCAUUCGGUCACUCCGUCACAUUUGCCCAGACCGAUUCCUUUGCGUCAUCGAAAUUGAGCGAAUACCACGAGGAAUACGAUGACGGUGAAGGAGAAAUGGAGCCCGAAGAGGAAGAAGUGACGGAAGGAGAUCUGGAUAUGAGUACCCAGGACGCCUCGAACCGGCUCAGCUUCUUGGAUUCCACCUUCACGAACCCAAUUCCCACCCAACAGCCACCCAGCUUUGGCCAGCAACAGCAGAAGCAGCCGCAGUCGCAGCCACCGAAUAUCUUCGGUCAAUUCGCGCCAAAGCCGCAGUCGCAGCCGCCGUCCAUGUUCGGUCAGCAGCAAGAAAAACCAAAGCAGCCACUCAUUUUUGGCCAGCAGCAAGAGCCGCCAAAGCAGCAGCCAAUUUUUGCUCCACAGCAGCAACAGCGCAAGCCUAUCUAUUCAAACCCCACCGAUGCUAAGCGUCCAAGGCUCGAUGAGCAAUGGGCGAACCAGUCGCCACUUCGCAAGACAAAACUGUCCCCUAAGAAAGCCACUGCCAUGCCUUCGAUCCUACACAAUCUCGCUACCAGAAGCCGUGUACCACCCCCCGUUGACGAACCCGCCGAUAUGAUCAUUAAUACAGAGGAUACGUUGGGUCGCAUGUGGGAUGAGCUCAGAGAAACCGAAUACCGACACUUGGACCUUGAUGCCGUUUUGGCCUACAUUGUUACCAAGCUGGUAGGAAACUGGGACACUUGCGCAGACCGCAGUGGAAUCACGCGGCCUUACGGUGCCGGGUCCAAGAUUGGCCCGGGAGAACAGGCUCCUGCUCUCGUGAAAGCCAGUUUUCUUGCAUGCUUGCUCCUUCAGAUUCACCACCCUUCUCGUGCCUCUGCCCCAAUUGCGUCCGCCUCUAACCCAGCCGCUAGAGCUCAGCCCAACAGCAUGGUCAAGGCCAUGCAGCGGGCCAGUGUUGCUACUCCGUUACCUCAAAUUCUACUGGACUGGUUGAAUGGAAACCAUGCAUCCCAAAGUAAUGACCUCCAGGCUUUGCGUUACGUGGAGCCAAACCCAAGUGCCUCCUCAAAUUUCUGGGAUAUUAUCAACGCGACUGUCCUUCGGGGUCGGUUUGCUGAGGCUGCGGAAAUUCUGCGCUCAGCUGAUUUCAAUUACGCUCGGUCUGCUUUGGAAGAUGGUCUUCCCCAACCGGGCUAUCGCGGUAUCCAGCUGCAGAACAUCCAGCGUUGCGUGAAUAAGGCAUUGCAGAUUCUGGACUCCUGCCCUGGGUUCCAAGAUGAUGACUGGAACAUUACAGGUCAAGACUGGACGGAGUAUCGCCACCGUGUUCUGGCGGCGGUCAAUGAUCUUGAAGAGUUUGCCGAGGGUGAAGAUAAGGGACAGACCGAAGCUUCUCCUGCACAGACAAACACGUUCCAGGCUGUCAACUUCGGCUUCCCGAACCUGGGCCAACAAAAGCCGGUUAGCUUCGCACAGUCUGCACGUAUGGCUGAGAGUCGUGUACCUUGGACCAUCUACCAGAACCUCAGAACUCUAUACCGCAUCAUCCUUGGUGACCCUGCCGCAAUUAAGGCAUGCUCCCAGGAUUGGGUGGAAGCUACAGUUGGGUUGACCGUGUGGUGGGAUGGAGAGGAUGAUGAUAGUACACCAGGUGUGGAUUUCCGGGCCAGCACAUCCAGCAUUGAUUUCCAGCGUUCUCGUGGUUCUAGAACUCAGCUUCGAGCUGUGGAUCGUAACAUGCGAGAUGCCUAUCUCCGCCGUUUGGAUCUGGCCUUUGGCAGCGCUACUAAUGAGCCUUCCGAUCACAAGGGCUUCCAGGUGAACACCCUGAACAGUCUUGAGGUUGGAUUGGCAUCCGUCUUUGAGGGUAAUGUGCAAGGAGUAUUGGAACUCCUGCAAUCUUGGUCGCUCUGCGUUACUGCAGCUGUCACUGAAGUUGCUACCCUUGGAGGCUGGUUUGAGGCAGGCGGCGCCAAGAAGAUGUCUGGUCUGAGCGAGCACGAUUUGAUGGUGCUCUCUUAUGGACAGGACAGCCGAACACCUACUCCUAGCCUCAACAAGGAUGAAAUCCUGCGCACAUAUGCAUUCGGAUUGAACAAGUGUGGUUCCAUUGAGAACGAGAAUGGCGCUCGUGAGGGCUGGGAGGUAGCAUUGGAGGUUCUGAGUCGAGUCGACGACACGGCUAUGAUGAAGGCGGCCGUAGCGGAUGUUGUGAGCAGUUUACCACUGGAUGAUAUCUCUCAGGUGGAUCGACUUGUUAUGCUGUGCUCGGACCUGGGCCUGGAAGAGGAAGGUCGACAAGUAUCGGAGCGAUUCGGUGACCAGACCGCCUCUGACAGCGAGGACUUUGGUCUUGCUCUCAUUUGUUAUGCCCGUGCUCAUAACAGACGCAAGGUGAAGUCCAUUGUGGACUUGCUGAUCUCCUACAGCUUGGUGCAAUCGAGAGCGUUCCCAGCAACGGCUGAUUUGGAUGGUCAGCUGCGAUCAUUGAUCAAAGACCCUAAGGCGUGCCUCUCAUCGAUCGCAUCAUUCGAUGAGGAGGCUGCUCGUAUUCUGCAGUACUACCUCAGUGGAUAUGCUUGCUUGCGCCGAUUCUAUGAUAUUCGUGAUGAGGCUAUUGAUUUGCAAGAUGGCCAGCGUCCACGAUACAAGCCCCUCGCCCGACGACGCAUGGCCGCCAAGGCCCUGGCAGCUGUUAUCAGCAGUGCGGCGGACAACAUUUACGGUGGUCUGUACGACCCCAGCCGUGACUCGGCGGUGCAAGUGGAUGGAUUGCUCGCCUUGCUUGGGGAGGCCUUGGUGUUUGUGAACCGUAAGUCUCAAGAUCUGAACCAUAACCCUGAUAUCAUGCUCACCUAUGAUUUAGAAUCCACACCAAUCCUGUCCAUCAAUGAACAAUUCACAAUCCUUUCGGCUGUUGAAGAUCUCGAGACAGUGACUCCUCGAGUAUUCGCCCAGUGUGAAGAGUGCUUCCGAUCGACGCUGCUGGAGUAUAACAAUACUUCCGGCCGCAAUUCCAAUGAUGGCUAUGCUCCACCCGACCCGCGCUCUCUCCUGAAGAAGUCUGUUUCUUCGCUUUCGGCUUCAACUUUCUCUUUAAUUGGUAAUGAUAUGCUGGGAUCAGCUCGUAAUGGUUCUGGCCCUACAUCUGUGGGUAGUUCAGGAGUCCUAGUUCCUCAUCCCGGAGACAAGGAUGCGGGCCGGUCCCGAGGAUGGGACUGGCGAGUGGGACUUCCCGAUACUACGAGGGGUCAGGAUGUGCUUCAGAUGUUGCGAAUGGGAUUGGCUUGUGGCCUGAGUCAAGGGGCAUUGGGGUCUGUUUAG